AUGCCGAAUGCCGACAUCAUUGAUAACACUAUUACCGGCAAGAGUUAUGCCGUUCAUCAACAAUGUGCCAACUACGCAAAUUCAAAGUCCACUUGCGAAGGCGUUACAGACACUCACCUGAUCCACGUGGAAACUGAGGAUGAACAAUUUUGGCUGUAUGAACAACUGAUAUCGCUUAGUUUGCCUACAAGCUACUGGAUUGGACUACAGAAAGUCAAUAAUGAAUGGAGUUGGGUGGAUAGUUCCGGCUCCACACCACUCGUUGAUCCACAUAGAAUUUCUGGAUACAAUCAAUAUGGUCCCUCAUACUGCUAUGCGAUCGGUCAGUCAGCUUGGCAGCAACUAAAUAGUGCGAAUUGUUUCCCUUACAUAUGUGAGCACACGACGCCAGUGACAUCCACUCAAACAUCCAUUGCAACAACAACAGUUCAGACAUCUGUUGAAACCACGUCUACUGUGACCUCUACUGAACCAACAGCUACAACAACAUCUGUAGACCGAUCACCAUGUACCCUCAUGCGGAAAACUACAGCGACCAUUACAAACGUGGCACUGUUAAGUGUUGCAUCCAAGGGGAACCUUGCAAGCUGUGCCCGUGAAUGCUUCUCUAUAAAUGAUUGCAUCGCCUCACAUUUCGAUUCCAGCACGACAACCUGUACUAUGUAUAAACCCGGAAGUUAUUCAGUGGGGUGUGGCAUCAGUGGAGUAGCAAUAUGUCACGAAAAGAUGGGAUGA